GCUCUGCGGAGCCGCAUGAACAAUAGGCGGCGGCGGCUCCUGCGGGCGGCGGCAGCCCCGCACCCUAUGGAUCGGCCGCUCCAUGGAGCCCUCCAGAGCGCUUCUCGGCUGCCUGGCGAGCGCCGCCGCUGCCGCCCCGCCGGGGGAGGAUGGAGCGGGGGCCGCGGCCGAGGAGGAGGAGGAGGAGGAGGAGGAGGCGGCGGCGGCCCCCGGGGAGCUGGGUUCCGAUGCGCCGCUGCCCUACUGGACGGCGGUGUUCGAGUACGAGGCUGCAGGCGAGGACGAGCUGACCCUGCGGCUGGGCGACGUGGUGGAGGUGCUGUCCAAGGACUCGCAGGUGUCCGGCGACGAGGGCUGGUGGACCGGGCAGCUGAACCAGCGGGUGGGCAUCUUCCCCAGCAACUACGUGACCCCGCGCAGCGCCUUCUCCAGUCGUUGCCAGCACGGCGGCGAAGACCCCAGUUGCUACCCGCCCAUUCAGUUGUUAGAGAUUGAUUUUGCGGAGCUAACCCUGGAAGAGAUUAUUGGCAUCGGGGGCUUUGGGAAGGUCUAUCGUGCUUUCUGGAUAGGGGAUGAGGUUGCCGUGAAAGCAGCUCGCCAUGACCCCGAUGAGGACAUCAGCCAAACCAUAGAGAAUGUUCGCCAGGAGGCCAAACUCUUUGCCAUGCUGAAGCACCCCAACAUCAUUGCCCUUAGGGGUGUGUGUCUGAAGGAACCUAACCUCUGCUUGGUCAUGGAGUUUGCACGUGGAGGGCCUUUGAAUAGAGUGUUAUCUGGGAAAAGGAUUCCCCCAGACAUCCUGGUGAACUGGGCUGUGCAGAUUGCCAGAGGGAUGAACUACUUACAUGAUGAGGCAAUUGUCCCCAUCAUCCACCGCGACCUUAAGUCCAGUAACAUAUUGAUCCUCCAGAAAGUGGAGAAUGGAGACCUGAGCAACAAGAUUCUGAAGAUCACUGAUUUCGGCCUGGCUCGAGAAUGGCACCGAACCACAAAGAUGAGCGCAGCAGGGACGUACGCUUGGAUGGCGCCCGAAGUCAUUCGUGCCUCUAUGUUUUCCAAAGGCAGUGAUGUGUGGAGCUACGGGGUGCUGCUUUGGGAGCUCCUGACUGGUGAAGUGCCCUUCCGAGGAAUCGAUGGCUUAGCCGUAGCUUAUGGAGUGGCCAUGAACAAGCUCGCUCUUCCCAUUCCUUCUACAUGCCCGGAACCUUUUGCCAAACUCAUGGAAGACUGCUGGAAUCCCGACCCUCACUCACGACCAUCUUUCACAAAUAUCCUGGACCAGCUAACUACCAUAGAGGAGUCUGGUUUCUUUGAAAUGCCCAAGGACUCCUUCCACUGCCUGCAGGAUGACUGGAAACAUGAGAUUCAGGAGAUGUUUGACCAACUCAGGGCCAAAGAAAAGGAGCUGCGCACUUGGGAGGAGGAGCUGACGCGGGCCGCGCUCCAGCAGAAGACGCAGGAGGAGCUGCUGCGGCGACGCGAGCAGGAGCUGGCCGAGCGGGAGAUCGACAUCCUAGAGCGGGAGCUCAACAUCAUCAUCCACCAGCUGUGCCAGGAGAAGCCCCGGGUGAAGAAACGCAAGGGCAAGUUCAGGAAGAGCCGGCUGAAGCUCAAGGAUGGGAACCGCAUCAGCCUUCCUUCCGAUUUCCAGCACAAGUUCACGGUUCAGGCCUCCCCCACCAUGGAUAAAAGGAAGAGUCUCAUCAACAGCCGCUCCAGUCCUCCUGCGAGCCCCACCAUCAUCCCUCGCCUUCGAGCCAUCCAGUUGACACCAGGUGAAAGCAGCAAAACCUGGGGCCGGAACUCAGUCAUCCCGAAAGAAGAAGGGGAGGAGGAGGAGAAGAGGGCCCCCAAGAAGAAAGGACGGACCUGGGGGCCAAGCACACUUGGUCAGAGGGAGCUUGCCUCGGGAGACGAAGGAUCCCCUCAGAGACGUGAGAGAGCUAAUGGUUUAAGUACCCCAUCAGAGUCUCCACAUUUCCACCUGGGCCUCAAGUCCCUGGUAGAUGGAUAUAAACAGUGGUCGUCCAGUGCCCCCAACCUGGGGAAGGGCCCGAGGAGUAGCCCAGCCCUGCCAGGGUUCACCAGCCUUAUGGAGAUGGAGGAUGAGGACAGCGAAGGCCCCAGGAGUGGGGAGAGUCGUCUACAGCAUUCACCCAACCAGUCCUACCUCUGUAUCCCGUUCCCUCGCGGAGAGGAUGGGGAGGGCCCCUCCAGUGAUGGAGUCCACGAGGAGCCCACCCCGGUCAAUUCAGCCACCAGUACCCCUCAGCUGACGCCGACCAACAGCCUCAAGCGGGGUGGCACCAACCACCGCCGUUGUGAGGUGGCUCUGCUUGGCUGUGGGGCUGUUCUCGCGGCCACAGGCCUCGGCUUUGACCUGCUAGAAGCUGGCAAGUGCCAGCUGCUUCCCCCGGAGGAGCCUGAGCCACCAGCCCGGGAGGAGAAGAAGAGGCGUGAGGGUCUUUUCCAGAGGGCCAGCCGGCCUCGUCGGAGCACCAGCCCCCCAUCCCGGAAGCUCUUCAAGAAGGAGGAGCCCAUGCUGUUGCUAGGAGACCCCUCUGCCUCCCUCACGCUGCUCUCUCUCUCCUCCAUCUCCGAGUGCAACUCCACCCGCUCCCUGCUGCGUUCCGACAGCGACGAGAUCGUGGUGUACGAGAUGCCCGUCAGUCCGGUCGAGGCCCCACCCCUGACCCCUUGCACCCACAACCCCCUGGUCAACGUCCGAGUGGAACGCUUCAAGCGAGACCCUAACCAAUCCCUGACUCCUACCCAUGUCACCCUUACGGCCCCCACGCAGCCCAGCGGUCACCGGCGGACCCCUUCUGACGGGGCCCUCAAGCCAGCGGCUCUCCUGGCCAGCAGGAGCCCCUCCAGCAGUGGCCUGGGCCCCAGCCCCGGAGCAGGAAUGUUGAAAACCCCCAGCCCCAGCCGAGACCCAGGCGAAUUCCCCCGUCUCCCCGACCCCAAUGUGGUCUUACCCCCGACCCCAAGGCGCUGGAACACACAGCAGGAUUCCACCCUGGAGAGGCCCAAGACCCUGGAGUUUCUGCCCCGGCCGCGUCCUUCCGCCAACCGGCAACGGCUGGACCCUUGGUGGUUUGUGUCCCCCAGCCACGCCCGUAGCGCCUCCCCGGCCAACAGCUCCAGCACGGAGACGCCCAGCAACCUGGACUCCUGCUUUGCUAGCAGCAGCAGCACCGUGGAGGAGCGGCCCGGACUCCCGGCCCUGCUCCCGUUCCAAGCGGGGCCGCUGCCCCCUGCCGAGCGGACGCUUCUGGACCUGGACGCGGAGGGCCAGAGUCAGGACAGCACCGUGCCGCUGUGCAGAGCCGAACUGAACACACACAGGCCUGCCCCUUAUGAGAUUCAGCAGGAGUUCUGGUCUUAACACCGAAAGGGUUGGGGGCGGCCAAGGGGGAAGCAGGAGGAGAUGGGGGGAGCUGGCUGGCACAGCCCUUUCUCAGAGUUGGACCCCCUGAAAUCCAGCCCUACUUCUUGCACUGAUAAUGCACUUUGAAGGUGGAAGGGAUGGAAGCAGGGCCAUCAGAGGGUCCCCUGCCCUGUAGGGCCUUUCUACCCACGUCCACUGGAAGGGGCUGUGGCCACCAGCUCUGGCUGUGUAGGGGAGGAAGGGGUGCGUGCAUGUCCCCCACCCUCCACAGUCUUCCUCGCCUUUAGGGUGACUCUGCAGGGUCACUCAGCCAAAUCUGUCUGCUGCUACCUCUCCUCAGCUGCCUGGGUAAGCCCGGAGCCUGUCCCAGAGUCCUUUUGUUAGCCCUGAGUUCAGCCUUCCCAAACGCCAGUAUUGGAUGUUCUGUGGUUGAUUUUGCCCCUCUUCCACGUUCUUCCCCAACACCCAUGAAUCAGAAUCUCAUUUGGUGUGAGACACAAGCUUUUCUGUGUCAAGCCCUUACGUGCCAGCUGGAGGACUGAAGGCAAGGUGCCCCAGUGUGGGACGUAGGAGUUGAGGGACCUGGGACUUACCUGCCUGCCCUUCCUGGUGGCCCGCUUAUUUAUUUGAGCCUCAUAGGGGUAAGGGGACCUGGGGAGAGGAGAGAGAAUUAGGAAAAGCAGAGUCGAGUGGCAGCAAAGAGGGUAAGAGUCUGUCCUUGCUCCUUUUGGAAACACACAAAUAAAGGCAGAAACCAGCGCCCGUUGAUGGCAUCUGUCUCCUACCCGGGGUCUGGACGUGGCCAGACCAGUUUCUGAUACACACACGCUCAUCCCAGGGAGAGUUUCUUGGGAGGCCCACUCACUGGUGCCAGUUCUGAAGCCAGAGACAAAGUUCCUGUGUUUGUCCAUUAUGUUCUGAUCCUUGUGUGUUCUGCCCUUCCCUGGAUCUUUCCUCCCGUCCCCAGAGCUGGUGGAUUAUGCGUUUGGUGGGUAGAUCUCUCUGCAUUGCACCAAAAUAGCAUAUUGGUGGUGGGGGUAGUGAUAGGGUCCUGGACAUUGGGGGUUGGAGCUGUGGGAUUUCUUCUCAGCCAUGCCAUCCAUUCUGGGAAGCCCUUGAAGUUAAACAAAGCCAUUAGUGGUACCUUCCGCACAUGGAUAUGGUGAGGUGAUGAUGUUUGUAAGGUGCUUGGAGAGCCACUGAUCUAGUCAGUGUUGAGCCCCAGGCACUGCAGACUGACCAAGGGCAUGUGUCUCUGGGCACAGGUGGCCCCUAAUGCUAGGCUCUGAACCCUGAGCUGGGUAGGAUGGAGAGCAGAGGCCACCCCUGACUUAUCUGGAAUCAGUUUCCUUAACUUGAAUCUGCUUGUGAAGCUUCCUCCUAUGUACCUUCACCAUUCCUCUUACCCCAAGCCUCCUGGGUCAAGUGUGAUCGGUUGUCUUUGUGCAGGACACGCAUGUGAACUUGAUUGGGAGCAGAGCCUCAGGUCACGCCCCUUUCCCCUCCAGACCUUCCAGUGUUGCCUCCCUGUCUUUCGUCACAGAAUCUUUCCUUGGAGACGCAGGCGGACAGCCCGUAGGCUCCCUGCGUUUGCGGCCCGCCUGCCCGCCGGAGGAGAGCAGUGACACUGACACCGAUGAGUUUGGUCACCGCUCUGUCUCUGUCACUAUGAUAAAGUCCCAACCCAGGAAUGAAGUAAGGGGUGACCUUGGUCUUUGAAUGGCUCCAUGUUUUAUGAGCUCACUGGCACUUUGGUUCAAGGACCCCCCCUCAUCUUGGGUGGAAGGUGCUCGGUUUUGUUGCCCAGUAUUGUGUCUCAUCUCUCUCCUUCUCUCCUUUCAGUGAAGACUGUAAGAGGUUUUGUGGGGGGGGGGGGGGGUUUCCUCCAUCCCCUCACCCCUUGGCUAGAGGGGGGGAAAUGUGAAUCCUAUUAACAGUUCCAGCCAACCAAGUGACUCCUCUUCAUUCUUGAUUGGAUGAACAUGCAGAUGGCAUGUUCUGGGCCCUUCCCUUGACUCUCCAUAGCUUCAGUUCCUAAGUCUCUAAUGUGUCUUUAAACCCUUGGCUCCACUAAGUGGCCCUUUUGGGGGUGCUGCACAUACCAUAAUCCAAACCAUGCUGGCUCUAGACAGUGCUCUGCUCUAUGAGGCUAUUGACCGUCUUCUGCUUUUUGUUAUUUCGUUAGGUUGCAGCCAUCUUUGGGGGCAGUGGGAGUAUAACUGAUGUGGUGUGUACUGAAUGGUGGCCACUUGCCAUUGAGUAAGAGGUUGAGCCCGUUUCUUACUCCUCCACCCAGAGAAAAGACAAAGAAAGGCUGGGUCUGCUAACGGGAGAAUCGCACCUGUCAGAGGCAGAAGCGGGAUUAGUUGGAGGCUGCGUUGUGAGCCUGCGUCAGCACGGAAGGGUUCUCUCAGCCCCUCUGUAACCCAUCUCUGAUGGGCCCCUGCUGCCACUCUCUCUCUCUCUGGGGUGAGGCUUGGUGGGAUAUAGAGUUUGAGUUGCUUUUUGUCCACUUAGGCUCCCUUGUCUCUAUGAUCAUGGUCAGGAACAGGCCUUGAAGCUGGGAUUGAGCCCCCGCAUUGGCAGUAGCCAGAAUCCCUUUUUACUCUUUCCAUUUCUUUCCUCAAAGACUCUUUUCCUCUGUUCUUGGUAGGUUCUCAUUACCCAGAAGAUGGUGAUAGGAAACAGAUACUGCUCUCUGCCCUUUCUGCUCGGAUCCCUCAUCUCCUCCCACCGAUUCUUUUUUUUUUUUUUUUUAAUGUUUAUUUAUUUUCGAGAGUGGGGGAGGAGUAGAGAGAGGGAGACAGA